UGAUAUAAAUCUGUGACGCAGAGAAAAUUCACUACGUGCUGUUACGUAUGGACCGGAUUUUCUACAACGUCUGUGUUUGUUGCCAGGAAUAUUAAUUUACUCUUUGGUUUGUUUUUGUUGUUCUAAAUAUAUUCUGUGCACAGCGGGGACGACAAAUGGAAAUGAAGGCACAGAUUAAAUGAAGGUAAACAGUAAACAAAACAACCUUUAAUUUAAAUUUAAAUUUUCAUAAUUGUUUUGUAAAUACAUUUUUCCUACAGUAUUAAACGUAUUCAGAAGUAAUUAUAAUGAAUAUCGAUACAUUUUGCCGUCAACUGCCAAAAUUGUCUUCCUGCCAGGAGCUUCAUGCCCAUUUAAAUGGCUCAUUAAGUCGCUUCACAAUGCUCGAGCUACAACGAUAUCUAGCUGAUAAUGGGAUGGCAGAUAAAUCCAAUGUUUUCUUGGACGAAUUCCAAAUAGGUGCAGGUGAUACAAGAAACUUGUCAGACUGUUUCCAAGUCUUUAAUAUAGCACAUGCACUUACAAGCACUAAAAAAACUCUCUCAAUGGCUACAGCAUUAACAAUUAAAGAGUUUGAGGAUGAUGGAUGUUGUUACAUUGAACUACGCAGCACUCCUCGAACAACACCUCAUAUGACAAUGAGUGAAUAUGUGGAAACCAUUGUUCAAACUAUGAGGAAGGAAACUGCAGACAUGACAAUCAUAUCCUGUCUUAUAAUAUCAAUAAAUAGAAGCAGCACUCAUGAAGAUGCCAAUAUAAUUGCAGAUGUCGCAAUAGAAUAUCACACCAAAUAUCCAGAUACAGUGGUUGGCAUUGAAUUAAGUGGUAAUCCUGCAGUUGGAAAGUUCCAAAAUUUUUUGCCUGCAUUAGAUAGAGCAAGAAAAGCUGGAUUGAAAGUUACAUUACAUUGUGGGGAAAUAUGUAAUCAACAGGAAGUAAUUGAAAUGUUGAAUUUUAAGCCUGAUCGAAUUGGCCAUGGAGUCUGUAUACAUCCACUGUUUGGUGGUAAUGAUGCUACAUGGGAACUACUAUGCAAAUCACAAAUACCUGUUGAAAUAUGUUUAACAAGUAAUGUGAAUACAAAAUCAACACAAGACUAUAAUUCGCAUCACUUUAAGGAGUUGUACAAUGCAAAAGUGCCUGUUGUAAUAUGUACUGAUGAUAAAGGAGUAUUUGCGACAUCGCUUUCCCAGGAGUAUCGAAUAUGUGCUGAAACAUUUGGAAUUGAACAAUCAAAACUCGCCAGACUUAGUCUUAGCGCUUGUAAUUACAUAUUUGCUGAAGACAAACGGAAGAUAUUGAGCGAUACAAUGUUGAAUUUUAUAAAUAAAUACGAAUUAUAAUGUGAACAAAUACCUACACAUUUUUUUAUAAUAAUAAAUGUAUACGUAAUCUA